CAUUGUAUACAUUCAGCUGCGAUUCGUGCAAAGGGGGAACCACAACAAAAUCGCAAAAUACGAUAAGCAAGCACCCUAGGUGCAUGUAGAAUCUGAAUCGGAAUAAUGUAGUUUUGCGUUUGAGUUUGGCUUCAAUUGCAUUUAUUCGUAAUUUACAAUGUGAUAGCGUCCGCGAUUAUAUUAUUGUUAGUAAAGUUCUUAUAUCUAUUGAGUCGCCAUGGCAGAAGAACAACCACCCGAAGACUAUUCCUGCUAUUUCAAAGCGUCCAAUCUAGAAACAGAGAUCCUGCCAAUCAGCUCCAGCAUCGACGAGCUGCUGCUUCGGAUGGAAGAGUUUGAAAAUCUCCUGGAACUGGUCAAGGAGGAAUCGUCGGUGGCCGUCCAGCAGAACAUUCCCAAGAUAGCGGCCAUGAAGCCGGAGUUCGACAGUCUGUGCGAUCGGUUGGAUGCGCUGGAGCGUUUCGUUACGAUGGUUUCCAAAAAUCUGGAUACGGUGGAGCGGCAGGUGCAGAUAGCCGAGGAAGAACUGGAUAUUCCGGACAAAACAAUCAACGUGCUGCUCAAGUCACUGAACAUUUUCGGUAAACCUAAGCCUGCCGAACGGCAGACCAAUAGGAAUGCGAACGGGAUGUACGAACCGGCGAAGGUGUUCAAGACGGAGGAUUAUUUUGGUGCAGCGAAGAAUCAGGAAGAAGCAAGUAGUAGUUGUAGUAGUAGCAGUAGUUCCGGGUUGGACAAUUCCGAAGAGGCCAAAACGUUAAGUGAAACCCAAUAAAUCUAUAUUUUGCAUUGAA